CAGUCCAGUGGCUCCUGCGCUCACAGCCUUGGUCACUUCUUGCUCUGCUUGCAGGAGGCAAGACAUACUGAAAUAAAGAGAAACUUGUUCUGUGGCAGGAAAGGUAAUUUCUUCUGGCCAGACACUUUGGAAGGAGACAGGAAGCAUAUUACAUUAAAGGUGGGUCUCCUCGCCUCGCCGCCCCAGCCGCGAUGCCGCCGCGCCCCCGCGGGGCCCUGCCCGGGGCGCCCCUGCUCCUCCUCCUCCUCCUCCUCCUCAUCCCGCUGCUCUGCGCGGCCCCUGAUGUUCUGAGGGGAAAUAAGCUUAAAUUGAUGCUUCAGAAACGAGAAGCCCCUGUUGCUGCAAAGCCUGAGGUGUCAGUGAAGGAAACGGCAGCCAAGGAGUUCCUGAGCAGCCUGAGACGCCAGAGGCGCCAGCUGUGGGACAGAAGCCAGCCUGAUGUACAGCAGUGGUACCAGCAGUUCCUGUACCUGGGAUUCGAUGAGGCGAAAUUUGAAGAUGACAUCUCCUACUGGACAAACUUAGGGCGUGCUCGUAAUGAAUAUUACGGUGGGUACUACCAGCACCACUACGAUGAAGAUUCUCCAAUUGGCCCACGAAAUCCACACAGCUUCAGGCACGGAGCAGGCGUCAACUACGACGAUUACUAAUGUCAUUUACCUUACUAUAGCUGGUGCCUGCAGGGCUGCACUGGGCAAAAGUGAGUCCUCCCUCGGUCAGAAUGACCCCGCUUUCUUUCUAUUCGUGUCAAACAGCAAGAGUAAAGGAACUGCCAGACUUUGAUGAAAGCAAUGUGACUUUAACUACCAUUCCUUAGUAGUACACUAUAUAUAAAGUGUUAUAGAAAUAAAGCUUUUUUUGAUAAAAUAAGCAGGUUGCCAUUAUUCAGUAGAGUUUGUAGCAGUAAGUUUAAUUCCAACUGUAUUACUACAGAUUUCUUUGUAAAGGACACUUUCAUUUGCUUUCCUACAAUCAAUUGCAAAAUUACAUUAUAUCAUCUACUUUGGCAUAUAGAAUACAUAAGCCAGUAUACUUAUGAUGUGCCUGCUCAUUCAGAUUUUUAUCAACAAAUAAAUCCAAUUAUUCUUGGGAGAAAAGAAAAAAAAUUCCUCUCAAUUGAAGUGUUGCCUUGUUGCCUUCUCUGUUGUUUCCAUACCUACUGCACCCAGCCUGUAUGACCUGGCACUUCUACAGCUCCUGUUGGGUCAAGGACAGAUAUUCACAAAAGCUAAAUUAAGUGCAGAGGAACUCGCCUACCUACAAAGCUUGUGAAAACAUUCUCCAGGGAAUGGGUUCAAGGCAUGAACCUGACUUCAGAAGUAAUUGCUGAGAGGCAGAGCAUCUAACCUGAGUGGC